AACAGAAUUAUAUAGUUGCUUGGGAUUUGUUGCAAAAACGAUGUAACAAACCAAGAUUGAUAAUUCAAUCUCAUUUGAAGUUGCUUUUAGAAUUACCAGAAAUUAAUCGUGAUUCUGCUUCAAAUUUGCGUACAAUCGCUCAACAGGCUCAAAUGCAUGUUAACGCUCUUAGGGUUGCGAAACAACCGGUAGAACAUUGGGAUGCUAUUUUGAUUUAUUUAAUUGUUAGAAAAUUGGAUAAGAAUACGAGACGAGCUUGGGAACGUACGCUUGAAAACGAUGAGAUGCCUACAUUUGAAAAAUUAAUUGAGUUUAUUAAUAAACAGGCACGUGGUGACGAUGUUGAUGAUUCAACAUAUAGUAGUAUACAAGACAAACGUAUACGUCCUAAACCUAAUAAACGAGUUCAGAAUUAUAUGGCUACUACUGUGCGCGAAAGAUUCGACGAGGUACGAAAGAGAAGAUUAUAUCUCAAAUGUUUUAGAAACAAUCAUACUUCGUACAGUUGUUCUAGUAAAAAUUGUCGUAAAUGUGGACAAAAACAUAAUACUUUACUACAUUUUGAAAAUUCAAUUAGUAAUACUAAUUCAGCGGAGAAUAAUGCGCCUAGCAGUUCAUCUAAUAUAUCUCUUACGGUUUCGUCUAAUGAUACGAAUAGUACUCCUGUUAACAAUGAGACAACUAAAAACGUUUUAACAGUCACUAAUGAUUCAGAGAUUCUUCUUGGCACGGCACGUGUAAAAAUAUUGGAUAAAUGGGAUAAUGAACAUACAUGCAGAGUAUUGCUUGAUGGUGGAUCGCAAGCACAUUUUAUUACGGAUAAGUUAUUAGAUCGUUUGCAAUUAGAUAAAGAAAACUUGAAAUUAUGCGAUAUUGAAUUAGCUGAUCCCGAUUUUGAUAAGCCUGCUGAAAUAGAUUUGUUAUUAGGAUGUGAUGUUUUUUAUAAACUAAUUACUAGCGGAAGAAUUAAUUUAUGCAAUGACAAAAUUGUAUUACAAUCAACAAAAUUAGGAUGGAUUGUAACGGGAGAAGUUGAGUUCUUAGAUUUGAAUAAACAGACAGCGUGUUUCUUUACUCAAUCUUUAGAUGAUCAAUUGAGUCGAUUUUGGGAAGUUGAAGAAAUUUCUAAUAAAAAGCCGUUGUCAUUAGAAGAAACUAUAUGUGAGGAACAUUUUACAAAGAACACCUAUCGAGAUAGUUCAGGUCGAUUUGUUGUACGAUUACCUUUUAAUGACAAAAGACAUUUAUUGGGACAAUCACGAGAAAUUGCAUUAAGACAGUUUCUUAGUUUAGAACGCAAACUUCUUCGAGAUAACAAUUUAUUGGAUCAAUAUACAAAAUUUCUAGAAGAAUAUGAAGAUUUAGGACAUAUGUCUGUAAUACAAAAUGAAGAAGUAGAUAAAGGGAUAUAUUUGCCACAUUAUUGUGUUUUCAAGGAAUCUAGUAUUACUACAAAGAUUCGAGUUGUAUUUGAUGCAUAG